AUGACGUGUUCGAUUGACGAGGCUUCAUUCCCCGUGGGCGCAUCACUGACUGUGCAACUGUUACGGGUAGAUGGCAGGCUAGAGGAAGUACUUGACCCUAAGACUGGUAUCCGAUUCAAAUUUUUCCACGAUAUAAGAAAAAAAUGGAGUGUGGCUAGAAACAGAUGUGCUAAUGACGGUGGAGAACUAGCGAUCGUAAACUCAGGAGGCGUGCAUGGAAGAUUGAAGCGUUACAUCACAUCUCAACCAUCCCUCAACCCGAAAGGUAAUGGUUAUUGGAUAGGAGCAAACGACCUAGACGCUGAAGGCACUUUCGUAUUUACUGAUAACUCGUUACUUACAUAUGACGGUGGUUGGUAUCCUGAACAGCCGAGCAAUGACAUAAGUAAACACUCAGGUGGACAGAAUUGUGUUCAAUUAUGGAAACAGCCGAGAAACAGACCCAGUUGGAAGUUCGAUGAUGAUUAUUGCUCAGUUCAAAAAUCCUUCAUAUGCCAAUAUGUUGAAGAAGCAGAAUCGGAACCUACAGUGAAGGCAAUACAAGAACAUGAGCCAGAGCCAGAGCCAGAGCCAGAGCCAGAGCCAGAGCCAGAGCCAGAGUCAGAACCAGAGCCAGAGCCAGAGCCAGAGCCAGAGCCAGAGCCAGAGCCAGAGCCAGAGCCAGAGCCAGAGCCAGAGCCAGAGCAAGAGCCAGAGCCAGAGCCAGAGCCAGAGCCGGAUGUGACCGAACUACACGAACCUGAACAAGACUUUGGGACAGACAUGGUUUAUGGUCCAAUAGAGUUUGGAGAAAAAGUUACACCAGAACCAGAUCCAUUAAUAACUACAGAACUGGGACCAGACCCUCAACCUGCUUUGCAAACUGAGUCACAUCCAAAUUCUAUACAAGAACAUGAAAUAGAUCAAGCACAAGAACCAGUGCUAGCAGAUGAAGUUUCUCUUGAAAUCAUGUCGGGAAUAGUGGAAUUAACAGAAGAACCCAAAUCAGGAGAGUCUGUGGACGAGUCUGUGGAAUCAACAGAAGAACCCAAAUCAGAAGAGUCUGUGGACGAGUCUGUGGAAUCAACAGAAGAACCCAAAUCAGAAGAGUCCGUGGAAUCAACAGAAGAACCCAAAUCAGGAGAGUCUGUGGAUGAGUCUGUGGAAUCAACAGAAGAACCCAAAUCAGGAGAAUCUGUGGAAUCAACAGAAGAACCCAUAUCAGGAGAGUCUGUGGAUGAGUUUGAAACAAGACCUGAAGUUUCUCUUGAAAUUAUGUCGGGAAUAGUGGAAACAACUGAAGAACCCAAAUCAGGAGAGUCUGUGGAUGAGUCUGUGGAAUCAACAGAAGAACCCAAAUCAGGAGAGUCUGUGGAUGAGUCUGUGGAAUCAACAGAAGAACCCAAAUCAGAAGAGUCUGUGGAAUCAACAGAAGAACCCAAAUCAGAAGAGUCUGUGGAAUCAACAGAAGAACCCAAAUCAGGAGAGUCUGUGGAUGAGUUUGAAACAAGACCUGAAGUUUCUCUUGAAAUUAUGUCGGGAAUAGUGGAAACAACAGAAGAACCCAAAUCAGGAGAGUCUGUGGAUGAGUCUGUGGAAUCAACAGAAGAACCCAAAUCAGGAGAGUCUGUGGAUGAGUCUGUGGAAUCAACCGAAGAACCCAAAUCAGGAGAGUCUGUGGAAUCAACAGAAGAACCCAAAUCAGGAGAGUCUGUGGAUGAGUUUGAAACGAGACCUGAUGUUUCACCCGAAAUCGCGUUAGAUAACAAAGAAGAUCCGGAAUUGAAACCAGAACUGGAACAAGAAACAGUGCAAGCUUUGAAUUGGGUCAGAAGAUACGUUGUUAAUAGUAACAAAAAGAAUUGGUCUUCUGCUAAAGGUUUGUGUCAGACAUCCACUGGUGGUCACUUGGCAUCAAUCCCAGAUGCAGCAGCUCACCAUGAGAUACUGAACGCCAUAUCCACAGCUGGAGAAUCCACAAACUCGGGUUUCUGGAUUGGUAUACAUGAUCCAAACAAGAAUGGAAUUUUCGCCAAUUUAGAUGGAUCAGAACUAACUUAUCAAAACUGGGCAAGAGCAGCGCCACAUGCUGAUUCCAAUUACUGUGUUGAAAUGUGGCCUGCUCCCUCGCGGCAACACUCCAAGUUCAAUGACAUCUCUUGCAAUUCUAGAAGACCAUACAUUUGCGAAGAUUAUGUGUUAGAAUGAAGACAACUCUUCCGACGUUCACUAAAGAAUAAUUAUACCAUUACAUGUAAAUGUGGACGUUCCUAGUUUAUUGUGGAACAAUAAAUACAGUAUGCUCAAAUCCA